CCAGCACAACUUCCCUGGAAGCACCCACUCCUUCCACACUGGUCCUAGCGUUCUCCGCUGUCAUCCGAGAUCCUCCUCAGCCUCUCAGUGUUUACCCACCAUCUGCCUGGCAACCGUCUGUGUGCUCGGGAUUACCAGAGGCCUUUUCUUUCAACACCAUCAUCUCCGCCUUCCUUCAGCUGGGUUUCUCUUGGAAUUAGGGGGGUCUGGAGGUCUGAACUGAGAGGGGCUGCAGAGGAGAGCUGGGUCUUAGGCUGCCCACAUCCCUGAUUCUUUCUUUCACUUCUUUUCCUGCUUGUUAUUUGGAGAGUUUUUGGUUAAAGCUCACUGGCAGGAGUGGGGGUUUGGAGGACACCCCAAACCAUGGAUCACUCUCUGUUUGGUUGUCUACGUAGCCCUCAUGCCGCGGCCCAGGGUCUACACUCUGCCAUCACCCAAUCGCCGCUGACCCUGCAUGGCCGGAGUGACCACGUCUCCUACCUGGAUCUACCCAGCUCCUCGCCUCCGUGUGGCUAUGCUGGAGGAGAGGACAGUGGGGCGUUUGGCAGUGCAGCCCACCAAGGCCACCUGCCCCAUCCUCAACACCCACCCGGCUGGCCCGUUCCCCCGCAGAUGCUCUCAUCAAACUUUCGGAACAACAUAUGCCUGCCACUGCUGGAGGCCACAGUCCCAGAACUGUGCUCAGAGGGCCCCAACAUGUGUGGCACCAACCCAGGUUUGGGCAGUGGUCACCCGACGGGGGCGUCAUGUGUGUCUGGGGAGUACGGCCGGCAGAGUCUGUCUCCACAGGACCCGGUUAGAAGGAACAGUAAGGGCAAGAAUAAUAGCUCUGCGUCCCAAGACAGAAGUUAUAAGUCAGACAUGAACGGCAAGCCCAGGAAGGAGCGCACAGCCUUCACCAAAGAACAGAUCCGGGAACUGGAGUCCGAGUUUGCACACCACAACUAUUUGACCAGACUGAGACGCUACGAAAUAGCUGUCAACCUCGACCUCACGGAACGACAAGUAAAGGUGUGGUUUCAGAACAGAAGGAUGAAGUGGAAGCGUGUGAAGGGAGGCCAGCAGGGGGCAGCAGCACGGGAGAAAGAACUGGUGAACGUAAAGAAGGGCCGGUUACUGCCAUCAGAGUUGUCAGGAGUAGUGGGACUUCAGUGCUUGGCCAGUUCGCCCAGGCUGGCAACCGAGGAGGACAGUCACGACAGCGACCAGAGCUCAGAGCACCCCCCGCUAUGACCUUCCUUGGUCUUUCCUCUCCAACAGAAAUUGUUAUUGGACAGAAGAAGCUGAAACAAAGGACACAUUGGUGACAUAUAAACAACUUGCUGUGAGCAAACCCUCCCAACAGACAAUAAAAUGAGACUCCGAGAACAUUCCACAGAUGAUUCGCUUCGAUUAAAGGGCUUUGAUUUUGCACUGUCCAUGUUUUGCUUUAGUCAAUUUCUACUGUACAUUUUUGAACAAUCAGUAUGAAAAUGAUUACGUUGUGUGUAACUGAACUGAAAUUAUACUUUUGAAUUUCAAUAAUUUAUCAAAAACAAAAAGGUCCCAUGACUGUAACCACUUUAAACCCAAACGUUGCAAUGUAAUACUGUAAAUAUGUGUUUAUGUUCUUGUUUAGUAUUUUACUCUCUCUGAAAGUUUACAUGCCUUUUACUUGCAAAAACCUGGAUUUCAAAUAAAUGGGACAAACCCAAAUAAUUUGU